GGAUAAGAAACCAAUGAGAGCGAAACAAAAACACAGAGAUAGAAAAUGGCGACUCUCUCAAUUCAUCUUCAACAAAGGGCCUUCCCUCCCUCAACUUCCUCUCCCAAACCCUACCAUUCUGCAUCCACUCUUCACCUGCCUACCAGAAUUCGAUGUUCUAAUGCAACGGAUAGUUCGAAAUCGUCGAAUUUUAAGGAGCUUAGGAACGUAGCUUGUGGAGUUCUCGCUGUUUGGGCCGUCACCGCUGUUUCACCCGUGAUCGCUGCAGGCCAGCGGUUGCCUCCGCUGUCAACGGAGCCGGAUAGGUGUGAGCGUGCAUUUGUUGGUAACACGAUUGGGCAGGCAAAUGGGGUGUAUGAUAAGCCGCUGGAUCUUCGAUUUUGUGACUACACCAACGAGAAAUCGAACCUCAAGGGGAAGACUUUGUCUGCGGCUCUCAUGUCUGAUGCCAAGUUUGAUGGGGCUGAUAUGACUGAAGUGGUGAUGUCGAAGGCUUAUGCUGCAAGAGCUAGUUUUAAGGGCACGGACUUCUCGAAUGCUGUUCUGGACCGUGUGAAUUUUGAGAAGGCCGAUCUCACGGGAGCGGUGUUCAAGAACACUGUGCUAUCAGGGUCAACUUUCGACGAAGCUCUGAUGCAAGAUGUGGACUUCGAGGACACCAUUAUCGGUUACAUUGAUCUUCAGAAGCUUUGCGUAAACAAGACUCUUAAUGAAGAUACAAGAGUGAACUUGGGUUGCCGGUAACUUGUUUCUGUAAAUUUCCUUCACUACUUUUUUGCUAUAUUUAUCAUUUGGUAUAAGAGAUUGUGUUUCUUAUCAAAGAUUGUGUUUUUCGAA